UUUAAAAUGUUCAUAUCACUAUCAUAUAUCAGCAUCCGUGAUACGAGUUUAUAACCUCUUCGAUGAAAAGUUCUAGUUUUAUUAUCAGAAAUAAAAGCAUGUUCGAUAAAAUCUUUGCUGGUGAAAAUUAAUAAACGAUGUUAUCGAGGAAACAUAUAGCUCGUAUAAUGUAUAAAUACAUAUCUAUCUGAGUAAACUCAUUGACCUAUAUAUAUACAUAUAUAUUUAAGAAAUGUCUAUAAAGAAAUAAUAAGCAAUAGAAUAGUUGUAAGAAUUUGCUUGCAUGUCAGCGCUGAUCGAUCUUGAGCCUAUAAAAUUUCUAACUUCCUAUUCCUAACCUUGUUGGAAGAAAACAUGUUGAGAGCUACACUUUCUUUGUUUACCUUCUCUAUCAACAAAAAUUUUAAUUCUAUCAUUUUAAGGUAUUAUAUACGAACAAAACAAGUAUGUAACAAAGCAGACAGAAAUGUAGAAAAUUGGAAAGAAGAGCUAUGUAAUACCAUGCAAAUUUUUCCAAACUUUAUUACUGUAGAGGAAGAGAACUCUUUAAUGGAAGAAAUUGAACCCUAUAUAAAGAAGCUACGAUAUGAACAUUCUCAUUGGGAUGAUGCAAUACAUGCUUAUAGAGAAACAGAGCGAAACAAAUGGAAUGAAAAUAACUUAAAGAUAAUAAACAAAAUUCGUGAGAAAGCAUUUCCCAAAGGAAUGUCUCAAAUUCCAUUAAUACAUGUUUUGGACCUAGCACCAGAAGGAUGGAUAAAACCUCAUGUUGACAGUAUUAGGUUCUGUGGAGAAAUAAUUGCUGGUUUAAGUUUACUAAGCAACAGUGUAAUGAGACUUACAAUGGUUGAAAAUGAAACAUUAUAUAAGCAUGACUUUUUGCUACCACAAAGAUCUUUAUACAUAAUGAGUGGUACAGCUAGAUAUAACUACAAACAUGAAAUCUUGAAGAAUGAAGAAUCAUAUUUUGAAGGGCAACCUGUAUCAAAAACUAGACGCAUUUCAGUAAUAUGUAGAAGUCAACCAAACCCUGAUACUUAACACUUUAAAAGUGUAUGUACAUUAUAAACAGUAAGAUCAAUAUUUUGUCAAUUGUAAUAUAUUUAGUUAACAAAAUGUAGAUAAGGUAUAAAUAGUAAUACUAAUAUACAACAUCAGAUAGUGAUUAAUGAUAAAUAUAUAACGGUCAAUGUAAAGAUGCGUAGUUAUACAUACAGAACAUACAUUUAAAAAAAAACCGUUUCCCUCCGUCAGUGGUAUAUAUUUAAAUAGAGUUUGGCCUUCAUAUUCAAAUGUAUUAUACUGCCCUCUGUUGAUAACGGCGUAUAAAUAAAGAGUGAUUCUAUAAAAGUUAGGAUUGAUAGUUAUUACAUUAAAUUAAAUAAACAUGUUAUUUUUAUUAUAAACAACUUAUGAAUAAAAUACUGUAUGCAACAUAA